AUGGAAUCUCCAACACUUGUCCGGAUUGUGGUAUUAGAUUAUUACAUGUCUCCCCCACUACCUGGCUUGGAUGUUGUUUAUUCUGAAUUCCGCGGUGCCUCCAUCAACCAAGUACCAAUCCUGAGGUGCUUUGGAUCCAGUGAAGAUGGCAAAAAAAUAUGUGUACACAUUCAUGGAGUGUUUCCUUACUUGUACAUUCCUUUUGAUGGUAAAGAGAAUCCAGAUCAGGUUAUGUAUCAAAUAGCUACUGCUCUAGAUAGGGCUAUAAAUAUAUCUUUUAACCAGGCUAGUUCCAAUACACAACAUGUUUAUAAGAUUUCCUUAGUGUCUGGCAUUCCGAUGUACGGAUAUCAUCCCAAGAAGCAUCUGUUCUUCAAAAUCUACCUGUACAAUCCCAUGUUGAUAUCAAAAGUAGGGGCACUUCUGAACAAUAAAAACAUACUAGACAGAGUGUUUCAGCCUCAUGAAAGUCAUCUUAAUUUUACUCUACAAUUUAUGAUAGAUUAUAAUCUUCAUGGAAUGAGUAAUAUGCUAAUAUCUGAAAUAUUGUAUAGAAUAAAUCCUGAAUGUGAAACUGCUGAUAUAAAGCACUGUAAGUUUUUGCCUGGAAAUAUUGAAAAAACAACACUAUGUGAGCUAGAAGCAGAUAUCAAUGCAGAAAGUAUUCUCAAUAGACAAGAGAUUCUAAGCGGGAAGUUGGCAGUUAAUCCAGGAAUAGCAGCUCUGUGGGAAGACGAGAAGCAAAGACGUCGAAAUAAAAAUGAAGAAUCGCAGUUAGGAAAUUUUCUUUCUUUGGAAAAGAUGCAAGUCGAUCCUACUAAAACCCAUCUUAUAUUUCAGCAGGCACUUAGGGAAAGAUUGGCAGUUCUUUCAAUCGAUAAAGAUAACAUGCCAAAGCUAAACCCUAAUGUUUCUGUGUAUCCUGCUGAAACUCCCACUGAUUCAAUAAUCCAGAACGCCUCCAUCAUUGAUAUUCAUUCGUCGUCUUCAUUAGAAUUGUCUUUGGAUGAUACACUGAAUAUAACUUGUAGCCAACUCAAUGAAACUAUCACACCAAAUGGCAAUAAUGUUACUAUGGAUGAAGUUGCUCAAGAUUUUAUUCGCAUGCUUGUGGCAAUGGCAGAUGAAUCGGUAACGGACCAAGGAGAUGAAAGUAUUUUAUCUCAAAAAGUCCCAGAGGAACAAAACGACGACUCAACUGAAGAUUUAUUAGAUCUAAGCAUGCCUUUGGCAGCUCUUACCACCCCAAUUAAAGUGAAUUCUAAUUGGACAUUGCAUGAAAAUAGUGAUGCGGAUGAUAUAGAUUUGAACACAACUUUGAUCCCACAAACUGAUGGUCAAGUAGAUUCACUGGAUCCUGAAAAUGAAUGUGUUGAAAAACUGCCAAUGCCACUUUUAGAUACAAGUGAAUGUGGAUCAAAUUUUGCUAAACAUAAAAGUGAAUAUUAUGAUGAAUUAGAAAAAGUCAAACUGAAACUGCUGGUAAAAAUUGAACGCUUGGAUAUCGAGGAGUUAUUGAGAAAAGCUCCUAAAAUUCGAAAGAUUAGAGCAUGGGAGAGACAUAGUUCAGAGGAAAAUUUUAAUGAAACAUUGAAGUUAAUGCGUUACAGGAUGGAAAAACUCAAUAGAAAAAAUAAAGUUAAAAAAAUUGGAUCAGUAUUGAGGAAAAAUUACUGUAGCUCUUCUAUAGGAUUAUUUGGAAAACGUAAAAAGCCUAAAUUUUGGAAUUUGCCUGCACAAAAAGGGUUUUUGGAUGAACUACUGGAUAAGAGCACGAGUCAAACAUCAUCAUACAUCUAUUUAAAUUGUGAUGGCGCUAUGGAUUCUAGUACCGAUGAAGAAAACCCGCCAAAAAAGAAAGUCCUAAGAAAACGGGUACGGUCUUAUACUCCUUUGGGACUAACGGUUACGAGUUCGCCAAGGAUCCGCAAAAACUACCAAGGUGGCCCUUCUGAAAAUACAAUUGAAAUAUCUGGAAAAAAUAAAGAGUGCCAAGAAAAUCUGCUUCCAGUUACCCAAGCACCAGUAGUAACCCCCAUUCCCUAUAAACGUAAACUGUUCACCAAAAACGAAACAAUUUUGAACCAUACAAUGUUGGAGGAAUUUAAAGCUUGUUCAUAUUCACCUAAACCAUAUAUGACUGGAAAAACACCUAAAGAUGCAACAGAAACUGUGGAAUCGAAUAAAUCACAAUCUUUCAAGAAUUCAUCAAGUAGUGAUUCCGACCUAUUCUCAGAAAAUGAAGGCAUAAAUAGAUCAUUUUUCAGAUCAUAUAAUUUAACUAUAUCUGAAAAAUAUGACAGCGAAAACAAGUACAAGGCAAAGCAAGGCUGUUCAACAGUCUUUACGCCUAACAGCUUUCCUAAUUCAAUAUCUAGCUUGAAAAAUGAAGCAAUAUCAGGAAAUGUUAGUUCAGAUAUAACACCUUAUCAAGAAGAAACUGUCAACAGUCAAAAAAGGCAACAAGUUGGAAGUAUUUUCAAACCCUCAUUUAAAGCACCUACAAUAGAACAUGUGAGAGCAUCUUUAUCAAAAUACAAAAUCCCUCAUGUUAAGCAACAAGAACCAUUUUAUAGCAACGUCGACGACUAUACAGGAACCGUUGAAAUUGGCCAUAGAUUAAUGCGAGUAGCUAGCAGAACGACUGCUCACCUUCUAGAAUUUGAUUCGGAAUUUGAUGGUUUAAAUCAGCACAGAAAUUUUUUUAUAGAAAAUGUGGCUAAUCUCAAGUAUAAUUCUAAUAAUAUCAAUAGUUUAAAAUUAGCUCAUUGUACUAAUAAAAAUGUGAUUUUAUGUCCUUUGAAGAAACCGCCUCUAUCGAAAGAGGUUAUGAAAUGGGUAAAAGCACAAAAUUUAGAUGAAGAAAUAAUUUCAUCACCUGAAACAAAAACUACAAAAAGCAAGGUAUAUAUUCCAAACAGUCCUGGUGGUGGUUAUGAUUCUGAUUCAGAUUUGUCUUUGACUUUAACACCAUACUCAGCAUCUGAUAAUGACUCUUCAUCAGUAACUAUAGCAGAUCGUAGGAAAAUAAAAUGCAAAAAGAAACCCUCAAUAGGCUCGGUCCUGCUUAGCCAAGAAGCUAACAAGUCUUGUCAAAUUAGCGGCAUGUCUCAUCAUAAUAGUUACGGUUUUGAUGUAUCGGUUCAAAAUUUGCAAGCUGCUAGGGCUAUUAGACAACACCAAUUUUUAACAACAAUGAUAAUGGAAUUGCACAUUCGAACUCGUGGCGAUUUAAAGCCUGAUCCACAAUUUGAUAAUAUUUGCGCCAUCUUUUAUUCAAUAUAUAAUGAUGUACCUGAAAGUGAUUUGAAGAAAUCCAGAACUAGAGGUGUGAUAGCUGUGAAUGUGCUUCCAGCGGACGGAAGAGCUUCUAGGCAGGAUUUUUUAAACGGAAUUAGUGAAAGAGACUGUGAUAUAACUUAUGUAGAUAAUGAAGAAGUUUUAAUUAAUAAUUUCUUAAUGGUUAUCAAAUAUUGGGAUCCAGAUAUUUUGGCUGGCUAUGAAAUUGAAAUGUUAUCUUGGGGCUACUUAAUGGAAAGAGCAUCUGUUUUAUCCAUUAAUGUAUUGACAUCCCUUGGACGUAGUCAGCUACACAAAUAUGGCAAAAUAAAGUUAAAAAAUAAUAGGCCUGAUAUGGACACAAAAAUUAUUGGUAGAAUUGUUUUAGAUGUUUGGAGAAUUAUGAGACAUGAAAUUGCCUUGCAAAGUUAUACAUUUGAGUCUAUAGUGUAUCAUAUACUUCACAGACGCGUGCCUAUGUACCAAUUUAAAAAUUUAACUUUCUGGUGGGAUCAUAAAACUAAUUUAUAUAGGCACAGAGUUAUAAGAUAUUAUUUGCAACGUGCAGAUACUGUGCUAGAAUUAUUUGAAAAAUUAGACUUUUUAAAUCGUACCAGUGAACUCGCAAGAUUGUUUGGCAUCUUGUUUUAUGAAGUUUUAUCAAGAGGCACUCAGUUUAGAGUGGAAUCCAUGAUGUUGCGUCUAGCAAAGCCUUUAAACUAUGUUCCAGUGUCUCCAGAGAUUGAACAAAGAGCGCGAAUGAAAGCUCCAGAAUAUAUUGCACUAGUUAUGGAACCUGAAUCCAAAUUAUAUACGGACCCAGUAAUUGUUUUAGAUUUUCAAAGUUUGUAUCCUUCUAUUAUGAUUGCCUAUAAUUAUUGUUUCACUACUUGCCUUGGUAGAAUUAGUAGCCUUGGAACUAAUCAUCCUUUUGAAUUUGGAGCAACACAGCUGAAAGUUUCUAAAAAAAUUGUUGAAAAACUAUGCAAGAGAGAUUUGAUAAAUUAUUCUCCAUGUGGAGUAGCAUUUGUUAAACAAAAACUUCGAGAAGGAAUUCUACCGAGAAUGUUAAAAGAGGUCAUAGACACAAGAUUGAUGGUAAAAAAUUCGAUGAAAGAAAACAAAGGGGAUACUAAUUUGCAAAAAGUGCUCCACAAUCGUCAGUUGGGGUUGAAAUUAAUUGCAAAUGUCACUUAUGGAUAUACGGCGGCUAAUUUCAGUGGGAGAAUGUGUUGUGUGGAAGUUGGAGACAGUGUUGUAAGUAAAGGGAGAGAAACUUUACAACGAGCUAUAGCUAUGGUGGAAAGUACGCCUGAAUGGGAAGCUAAAGUUGUUUAUGGAGAUACUGACUCCAUGUUUGUACUAGUCCCUGGCAAAACUCGAGCAGAAGCGUUUGAAAUCGGUAAAAAAAUUGCAGAUGCAGUAACAGCAGAUAAUCCAGAUCCCAUUAAGCUAAAACUGGAGAAAGUUUAUCAACCUUGCAUAUUACAAACGAAAAAACGAUACGUGGGUUAUAUGUAUGACGGCCCCGACCAGAAAGAACCAGUUUAUGAAGCCAAAGGUAUUGAGACUGUUAGAAGAGAUGGGUGUCCAGCUGUUUCAAAGAUGCUUCGAAAAUGUCUUACUUUACUAUUUGAAACGAAAAACGUAAGUCUAAUCAAAAACUACGUCUUGAAACAAUUUAUCAAAAUCCAAACCGGCCGGGCUAGUAUACAAGAUCUUACUUUUGCCAAAGAAUUCAGAGGUGCCAGCGGUUAUAAACCUGGAGCUUGUGUACCAGCUUUAGAGUUAGCUCGUAAAUGGACUGCAGUUGACAGACGUAACGAGCCAAGAAAUGGUGAAAGAGUGCCUUAUAUUAUAGUUAAUGGUCCACCUGGAUUGCCUCUUAUUCGUCUAGUUAGGAGCCCUAGAGAUCUUUUAAAUGAUAAUUCAUUGAGACCUAACGCUCUGUAUUAUAUUACCAAAGUAAUUAUACCGCCGAUUAAUAGGUGUCUCAAUUUAAUUGGAGCAGAUUUGAAUGUUUGGUUCAAUCAGAUGCCUAGGAAAAAUACUCAAUAUCUCCCGAAUUCUUCUCCGACAAUUAAAAGUACAAUAGCUCAGUAUUUUGCCACGAAAAUUUGUGCCAGUUGCACUGAACCAACGCAGGACGGUAUUUGUACCAAAUGCUGCAAAAGACCAAAUGUGACUGCUCUAAUUUUGCUGGAAAAAUUGAAGAAAUGGGAGGAAAAUUAUCACAACACUUUAUUGAUUUGUCAAUCCUGUACCAAUUGUCUGGACGAAAUCUCCUGCUCAUCGUUGGAUUGUCCUGUGCUAUACAGAAGAAUCCAAACCUUUAACGAUCUGCAACAGUCAACUCAUGUACGAGAAUUAUUGAGUACAAAUAGUAUUUUUUUGGAAGAGUCUCAUUAUGGAUCUUAG